CCCGAAGUUAGCUUUCCUUUCUUGUUUAAACUGCUUUUCAACUUUUUAUUGUUUUUAUGAAUGGAGUUCUGAUAAGAUUGACGCAUAUUUUGUAACUGAUUUAAGUCUCUCAUGAAAACCAAACACACCGUGAAAGGGCGUGACUUUGUCCAUUAGUCCAGCAAUCACUCUAGAAUUAAAUCAGCUAUGGAAAAAUGCAUUAGGUUUUAGUAUUUCCGAUCGCAAUGUUGCUGCGAAUACUAGUCUUAUAUUUGGGUUUCUUAUCGGGAAAAGUCGCAGAGUCCUUAGUGAAGCCACUGCGUUACAAUCUAACAAUCCUAACGCACCUAGAUGGCGGCGGUGCUCAAAACCGUUAUGAGGGCAUCGUAUCCAUCGAUAUAUUAGCGCAAAAAGCAACCCGCUCUAUUUUUAUGAACUCCCGUGAUUUGAUCCUGUUCUUGGAAAAAACAUGGCUAUUGCGUUGGGCCAGCGGCAAGCGAAUUAGUACGAUCGGCAUAAAGAAAAAUGCAAAAAAGUCCAACGAGGUAAUCUUAACAUUGAAAAACAACCUCAACAUCGGCGAGGUAUACACGAUACACAUGUUUUUUACUGGUGGACUAAAUCGGCCGCAACGGAACGGAUUCUUUUUCGGCCACUAUGGUAAAACGCCACAAGUCUUUUACGCAGUUACGCGAUUGGAGCCUGACUAUGCCCACACCGUGUUUCCCUGCUUCGAUAGCCCAAGUAUCCGGACCACCUUCAACAUAACCGUGGUUCAUCACGAGAAAUUCGUUGCCCUCAGCAAUAUGCCCGCCAUUAAGGAAACACCCCACCAGGAGAUUUCGCACUAUGUGUGGACCACGUUCAUGCAGUCACCGCCGAUGGCCACCCACCAGGUCAUGUGGGCACUGCAUCAACUUCAGAAGGUUUCCAGCGGCCUUACGGCAUCGGGAGAAAAAAUUACCAUCUGGGCGCGACCGCAAAUGAAGGAGCAGCUAGCCAAGGCGGCGAAGUUCACGCAAAGUCUGCUCAGCAACUAUGAAUCCUUGUUCGCUUAUCCAUUGCCAAACGGACCGGAUUGGGGAGGCAAGUUCGAUCAUGUGGUUCUGCCGAACUAUGCGGAAGCGGAUAGCAGCAAGGGUCUGCUGGUGUACGGAGAAGAGGAAGUGGACUCAAACGACGAGACGGACGAAAAGCUGCAGGAAAUGCUGGGUGAGCUGUUGGUGCGCCAGUGGCUGGGACUUCUGGUGAGCUCUUCCGACUGGGACGGAUCAUAUGUGCGCGACGGCAUCAACUAUUAUCUGGCCCUUCAUGUGGUGGCAAUGCAGGACAAGGAGACCCAUGACAUGUCCCACCUUCUGAAAACCCGCCUGGAAAUCAUGUAUUCCGAUUCUCUGCCCGAUACGAAGUCCCUCUUAACCAAAGUGACGGAAUCCAGCCACAAGAUGUUCCGCAAAUACAAGAUGGCCCAGAUCAUCCACAUGAUUAGAACGGUCUUCGGCGAUAAGGUGUUCUUUGAGGGACUGCGAGAGUUCUUCCAGGAGUACGCCAAUAACUCUGCCUCAAACAGGCAGCUUUGGGAGGUGUUGCAGCGAGAAGCCCGCCGAAGUUACGAGCUGCCCGCCGGUUUGGUUUUGACCACCAUUAUGGAUUCGUGGCUAACGCAACCAGGAUACCCGAUACUCACCGUCCUGCGCGACAGCAAGAAUGACAAGGUGACCAUCACGCAGAGCCGCUAUCAUCAGUACAAUAUGGCCAUUACUUCCAAAAACUGUUGGUGGCUGCCCGUCAUCUACAUCACCAAAACUCUUACGCUGCCCCAGACAGAGUGGACUGGCUGCCAAAACAAGAAAGCGGAUGUAUUGAGGCUUAGCAAGGUCGUUGAUCCGAAAAAUUGGCUACUGGUGAAUGUCGAUGCUCCAGUGCCUCUUCGUGUUCUCUACGAUCUUUAUAACUGGCGACUGAUCGCUGAGGCACUGGCCGAGAAGUACUCCCAGAUCCCGGAGCUCAGUCGUGCCCAAUUGGUUGAUGAUGCCCUCAAUCUGGGGUGGUCGGGUCAACUGCACUAUAACACCACCCUGAACGUGAUAAAGUAUCUAUCAAAGGAGACCAGCGUUAUUGUUUGGGAGACAGCACUUAUCAGCUUGGAGAAGCUGCAGAGCAUCAUGAGAAUGAGCACGGGCUAUCGGAUAUUUAAGCUAUUCAUGCAGAAACUCAUUGAGCAAACUUUUAAAGUGACUUUAAAAUCGAUUAAAAGCACAGCCAGAACGAGCCCUGAAACAUCGAGUCCCAUCGAAUCCCCAGAUAACAAGAAUGCCCCGGAUAGCAAGAUAAUACCAAAAGAGGGUCAAGAGACAAUAGGUAAAUCGUUGCCGACAAUCAUGUACCGGCUGGCUUGCCAGUUCGAAGUCAAAGAAUGUUUGUCGGACGCACGACAGCAAUUUAAGACGGCGGUGGACCAGAAAUCCAGCUCCUCCAUUCCGGAGGGAAUACGAGAAACGGUACUCUGCUUCGGCAUCCGGAACGGCUUCGAGGAUGAUUGGCUAACGGUGCGGGACAUGUUCUUAAACGCCAAGGAUGAGAAGGAGAAGGGCAUCCUGCUAAACUCGCUCAGCUGCACCACGGAGUAUUGGACGAUGCAGAAGUUGCUCAAUUGGUCUCUCGACCGGAAAAAGGUUUCAAAAUCGCUGACCGCUAGUUUUUUAACUGCCGUGAUGCGGACUUACCUGGGCUUCUACAUGGGCAACCGGUUCCUGACCGACAAAAUGGAGGAAAUCCAGCGUCAAUUCUCUAACAACGAGCUCAAGUCGAUUCUCAAUCCGUUCAUCAAUUCGGUGACCAGCAAUGUCGAACUUGCGGCGCUAAAUAGCCUUUUGCAAAAUAAGCUGCCUUCCUCGGCGACCUCCAGCAUAACUUCCAUGCUGCAACCUGCAUCAGACAGGGUGAUGUGGCGAAAGUACAAGUAUUACGAACUCCUUAACGCCAUUCGGAAUAAUACUUUAUAAGAAAAUCAUAUGAUACGCGAGUUAAAUGUUUGGCGGUCUUAAGCGCGAAAACUGUAUUAAAUAUGCCGACCUGCUUUCUACAAACCAUAAAGAAAGCUGAACUGAGGCCUUUUUA